AUGGCUGAAUCUAUGGUAAUUAAUCCCUCCAAUCCGGUGGUGUUCUUUGAUGUAGCCCUUGCGGGUGAGCCUCUAGGCCGGGUGAAAAUGGAGCUUUUUGCCCAUGUGACCCCGCGCACCGCUGAGAAUUUCCGUCAAUUUUGCACGGGUGAGAGCAAGAACGCCAAAGGACAGCCCCAGGGUUACAAGGGGAGCAAAUUCCACCGUGUGAUCAAGGAUUUUAUGAUCCAAGGUGGAGACUUCAUUAAUGGGGACGGGACAGGAUCGUGUACCAUCUAUGGAACUCCCAAGUUUGCAGACGAAAAUUUUGCAUUGACUCACGACCGUGCAGGUCUCUUGAGUAUGGCUGUAAGUCUUCCGGAAUAA